AUGUCUUUCGAUUGGUUGAAUAUUCCGGGCCUAGCUGGUGAAGAUGCUGAUGUGAGCUCCGAUCAAUCGCGCAAUUUACCGCUCCCAACGGUAUCAUUUGAUUUUGGUCCUUCAAAUGUCAUUCCCGACAAUAAUAUUAGUAACUCUGCCAAUGUUGCAGGUCUCGAUACAUAUUCAGCAUCAGGACCUGAGGUAUUGAAUGGGGUCAAGCAACAGACUAAAAGUGAAUACAAAAUUACUCCGCAUCCACAUUUUAAUGCAGCUGGGGGGCAUGAUCAGCAGCUACAUCAAACGGCAAGCACCACAAUCAAUCAUGCUGGCCAACUUUCGCGACCCUCGGGCCAAAUUCAUGAGGAUCAGCAUCAAACUCAUGAAAAGAGUUUACAAUGGCAGCAGUCGCACACGAAACCUUCUAAUGAGAAUAUCCAACAUCAAUACCAAGAGACACCGGAAGAUCUAAAGGUUCCCCUAUCAUUAUCGCGGUCUCAAUUGACAAGAGAAGAGGCACGAACUUAUUUGAGAUGGUAUACUUUUAUAACAUUAAGAACACAUGGAAAGCUGGUAAGAUUAUCCGAUGUAUUCAAAUUCCUUUCAAACUUCAACAUUACUACGUUUUUAAAGGAAACAAUAUCAACAAUUUUCAGGACUUGUAAAAAUGCUUUGAAUAUUGGCCAAUUCUUUGCCGUUCUGAGACUCAUCUCGAAAGCUUUGGUAGAAGGUGUUGUUCCAAGUAGAAAGAUGAUACUACAUAAAGCGCCAGUACCUCAACCAAGACCCAUAUUGAACAGCGACCACGAGAGUGAGGUUUAUGAAGAAGUUGAAGAUGAAGAUGAUAAAAAAAUGGGCGGUAAUCAAGAACACAAGGUCGACUUUGACUCCUUUGCUUCGUUGUUACUGACCGGUAAGUCUGAAAGAAAAAGGAUAAGAAGAAAGAUCAGAAACAGAGCAAGUAAAAACAAAAGAGUGAGGUUUUCUGAACAUUUGACAUUUCAGGAAGCGCCAUCACAAAGUGAGCAUCGGAAAGAGCAGAAUCAAGACGGAGAGGAUGGUGAUGAUGAGGACGAAAAUCCAGAAAGCGGUUUAGAUUUCUCGUUACCGAUGGAUCAGCUGUUGAAAAGACUAGCUCGAAGAAAAGAUAAAAAUACCGCAUUAGUUUCAUCUCUGCCAGAUGAGAAAUCAGAGACUGAAGAGGAGAAAGAAGUGCUGGAAGAAAUGAAGGACUCUUUAUCGCAUUUUAAACAAAUUCAAACUGUUGACCUUGCCUCUGUGGCACCUGCUCAAUUGCCAUCGAUUAUGGUAAAUGCUGAUAGUAAUGGCAGGGUACUUCUUGAGGGCCACGGCGUGCCUUCUCAACCUCCUUUGCAACCUUUGAAACCAACAUCUACUGGAUCUGCAAAUUAUCUGUUUAGGCAGCAGUAUCAUGGAAGUAAUGAUAACGGCGAUAAUGGUAGCGGUGGUGCAGCAAAUAACCAAUAUUCGCCGUCAUCUCAGCCUCAGCCUCAGUCACAAUCUCAAUUUUCAAACCAACCAGUGCUGCAGCCUUUGAAACCAACAGCCACUGGUUCUGCGAAUUACUUGGUGCGCAACCAUUUACCUUUGGAGAAUCAGGACAACAUGAAUAAAACAACGAAUGGUGCUCUUUUUACGAGCCCCCUGUCUAACGGUGUGGAACCUCUGAGACCAACUGCUACCGGCUCGGGUAAUCAUUUGAUGAAGCAACAAUCGCAUCAGCAGUUCGCUGGUCAGCUAAAUCUACCAGGAAAUGCACAGCUCUUAAGUCCGUCACAAAGUCCUGAUGUAAUGGUUUCACCGCAAACAACGGGCCAUUCUGGCCUAGGUAUUAAUAUGCAAGCUCCACAGGCACGUAUACCUCUUCAACAGCAAAUCUCGCCUCAAGUAACUCCCCAGACUCAGCAGAGUGGAUUUUUUCAUAAUACAGGGCAGAAUCCAAGCAUGCUCUCAGCACCAAAUCCUGCUAGCAGCUACUUUCAGGCUCUUUUGUCUCACUCACCUUCGCCUAAUUCGAGCAACUUGAAUCUCCAUCAUCUGAAUAACAAUUCCAAUGCACUUCAGAGUCCACAAAACAAUCAACCUUUGACAAGUCAGUCUCGUGCCUCUUACAAUAAUGGGUACCAGUUCUACUCACCAGUCCCAGCUAAUGCCCAACAGCAACAGGAACAGCAUCAACAGCAUCAACAGCAUCAACAACCACUGAGCCAAAACUAUGCACAAAAUAUGGCAUCACCGAACACUGGAAUAUACGGCGGAAGUAUGCAACCAGCCCAGAGACCACAGAACGGUGAUAUUCUGGGUGAUCUACAAAGUUUACAACAACAGGUAAACGCAUUACAAAACGUAUAUGGCAGGCGAUGA